GCAAGGCAGCAGCAGCAGCGCUACCCACUGAGCCGCCACGCCACCUGCUAGCAACUGAGGAGUUGUGCUUGAGCGUGUUUGGGGGGGGGAACAAAAUAGUGCGGGUGUUAGAAUUCGGAAUUAUCAACGGAAAGCACUGAAGGAUCUGGUCAGGGCUGGCAACUUCUGUGGAGAGAGAAACAGCUAAUGUUCCGGUUGCUGAAUCGUUUCCCACUUUCGCAGCAAUCUCCGCGGCCCAGAUCAACUCCUUUGGUUUUAACGUGUUUGGGUAGAAUCCUGGAUUUUUUACCAAAACGCACGCUUCGCUUCCUCAUAGGUAACCCCGAACUUCACUUGGCGAGCCCCUCUUCUCUGUAGCUAUCAUCCGAAUUGAGUCAUUGACAUUGGAAGCAGAGCAAACCAGAUGAUUACGUAUGUAAUUUGGUGAAACACCACGAAAAUUUGACCCGCAGCGAGUUCAGACACGACCAAAGUUCUUGGAAUCUCGAAUUCAACUGACAAUGUUCCCUGGGGCUUUAACCACACCCGGCUGAGUUUUGUAAUCCGACCACAGCCAGUCUUCCUCUAAACCUAUUUAGCUUUCACACUGUUAACCUCGUGUGAAGGUCUAGAGCAAAUAAAUAUUUCUCCCCGAAUCCCUGCAAAAGCUGAAGGAAUCCAAAAUCCCAUCGGUUUGAGUUACAGGGUGAACAUGGCUUCCAGACAGCAGAUUAAGAGUUGGGCCGAAGAGGCCAUUUGUCCCAUUUGUCUGGAUUUCUUCACCGAUCCGGUUAUCCUGGAGUGUGGACACAACUUCUGCCGCUCCUGUAUCACCCAGAGUUGGGAAAAGAAGGAGAUAAACUGCCCGGAAUGUAGAGAGGAGUUUCCGGAAACAAAUCUCAGGGUAAAUCGGGCCUUAGCGAAUCUGGCCGAGAAAGCUCGCAAAUUAAAGCUGGAUCCUCAAGAGAAUGAGAGUAAAUCUCACUGUGAGGUACAUCAGGAAGAACUGAAGCUGUUUUGUGAAACUGACAAGAAAUUGAUCUGUGUGGAUUGUGUCACUGCUCCGGAACACAGAGAGCACCGCUUCAUACAGAUUAAAGAAGCUAUUAAAUACUACAGGGAUCAGUUGAAAUGCUCCUUAAAUUCUCUCACAGAAAAGAAAUCGACAGCUGUACAAAUGGAACUGACCCAGAAACGGAAGAUUUCCGAAGUGAGGGAACAGGCGAGCAGUCUGCAGACCCACAUCACAUCCGAGUUCACUAAAAUGCACCAGAUUCUCACCGAGAAAGAGCAGCGUUUACUCAGAGAUCUCAGGGAAGAAGAGGAGAGGAUUAUGGAAUCAAUGCAGAAAAACCUUCGAGAGAUUCAGGACAAUUUAAAUUCUAUUGAGGAGAAUCUCUCAAUUGUACAGAAACAAAUGGAGCAAAAAGACGAGCUGAUAUUUCUGAAGAAUGAAACUCGUCUGAAGAAAAGGAUCAACGACGAGUGUCACCUCCCUUCAACAGCAGAAUCCGCUCUGUCUAUUGGAAACUUCAAAGGUCCCUUACAGUACAUAACGUGGAAAGAAUUGAUGCGCGGCAUUAACCCGGCUCCAGCCUCUCUGACUCUGGAUCCGAACACAGCGAAUCCCUGGCUCAUCCUGUCUGAGGACCGGACCAGUGUGAGACUCGGAGACAAACGGCAGCCGCUCCCUGACUCCCCGGAGAGAUUUGAUCCCUUACCCUUUGUUCUUGGAUCACAAGGAUUUACAUCCGGGAGACAUUACUGGGAGGUGGAGGUGGGAGGAAAGACGGAAUGGGGUCUGGGAGUGGCCCGAGAAUCUUUGGACAGGAAAAGAGUCAAUAUCUUGAACCCCGAGUCCGGAAACUGGACUGUGGGACUGAUUCCAGGGAGUGGUUACUUUGCCGCCACCUCCCCCUCACCGACACCAUUCACCCAUAGUGUGAAUCCCCGGAAGAUCGGGGUUUUCCUGGACUAUGAGGGAGGACAGGUGUCAUUUUACAAUGCGGACACCAUGUCCCAUCUCCACACUUUCACCCACACUUUCACCGAGAGGCUCUUUCCCAUCUUCAGUCCAGGACUGAAUAUUGAUGGGAAUAACUCCGCCCCGCUGACGAUCUGCAGUAGGAAAAACCACUAAUAAAUCCAUCCCAUAAUUUCACCCCGUCCCCCAGCGUCCUGCCAGCUGUAAACGGAUGAGGGUCGGUCUCAGUGACGGGUGGGGAGAGAAGCCAGGUUAACAUUACGGGGAUAAACCCCCUAUCGGAACAGGGAACUGAAAGAAUUGCAAAGAGCUGUGUAGGGUUAAGGAAAAGAAGGAGGGGGAGAGAAGAAACAAAUAGAAGCUCAAUUGUAGAGAGGGACUGACUGGGUAGAAUGAGCUGUGAGCUGCAGGAACCCGGGGACCUUCCUGCCUGUAAUGUUGCUCCACAGGCGGGAGGUGGCGCUACAUGACGGUAUUCGAGAUGAGGCAAUGAAUCAGUCAGUAGUUCACAGAAUGGGCUCAGGGGAGUCUUUCCAAGGGGACACUGAAUCAUUUCACCGCCGGUGCACUUGGCGUCUAUCCAGGGAGACACCAGGUCAGAUCACUAUAGAAUAAGUGUGUGGGGAGUGGAAGUGACGGGAAAAAAAGUAGCUGGCAUCAAAGUUUAUAUUAUCAGCAGUUAGUGUCAAUCCUGCAUGAUGUGGACGGACCGGUGUUGGAUUGGGGUGGACAAAGUUCCAAAUCACACAACACCAGGUGAUAGUCCAGCAGGUUUAUUUUGAAGUACAAGCUUUAGGAGCGCUGCUCCUUCGUCAGGUAGCUAGUGGGCAGGAUCACAGGGCACGGAAUUUAUAGGAGGAAGUGAGGACUGCAGAUGCUGGAGAUCAAAGCUGAAAAUGUGUUGCUGGAAAAGCACAGCAGGUCAGGCAGCAUCCAAGGAACAGGAGAAUCGACGUUUCGGGCAUGAGCCCUUCUUCAGGAAUGAGGAGAGUGUGCCAAGCAGGCUUAAGAUAAAAGGUAGGGAGGAGGGACUUGGGGGAGGGUCGUUGAAAAUGUGAUAGGUGGAAGGAGGUCAAAGUGAGGGUGAUAGGCCGGAGUGGGGGUAGGGCGGAGAGGUCAGGAAGAAGAUUGCAGGUUAAGAAGACAGUGCUGAGU